AUUGAUUAGUCGCAAAAGCGCCAACAGCCAGGGUGCAUCAAAAUGUUCGCAAUGUUUGAUGUCUUGAACGCUCCACCGGCUGAUCCCUUUCAGGCGCCACUUUUGGACAGCCACUGGCCCACCUUGAUCAUACUUGCAGCCUACCUGCUGUUUGUGCUGAAGGUGGGCAGAAAGCUAAUGGAGAAGCGAGAGCCUUUCGAUCUGCGCGGCGUGAUCAAGGUCUACAACAUUGUCCAGAUCCUGUACAACGGCAUAAUGCUUGUGGGCAGCGUCUAUUUUAUGCUGAACGCCUACGACCUCAGAUGCAUUGCCAAUCUGCCAUUGGAUCACGAGUGGAAAAACACAGAGCGCUGGCUAACCUACGUGUAUUUUCUGAACAAGUUCCUGGAUCUGCUGGACACCAUCUUCUUCGUGCUGCGCAAGAAGGAUCGCCAUUUAUCAUUCCUGCACAUCUUCCAUCACGCCUUCAUGCCAUACUUCUGCUUCCUGUACAUCCGUUUCCAUGGACACGGCGGCCAUGGCUUCUUCCUCUGCUUCUUCAACGUCGCCGUGCACGUUGCCAUGUACACCUACUACUACAUAUCAUCCAUACGCAAGGAUGCCCAGGCAAAUAUCUGGUUUAAAAAGUACAUCACCAUCGUGCAGCUCACGCAGUUCUUCAUCAUACUCGUUCACUGCAUCUACACGCUACGUCAGGCCGACUGCAUUGCAUCCCGCGCGAUACCAGUUUAUGGCGGCCUGGUCGCCGUAACAUUCAUCAUUCUGUUCACCAAUUUCUACGUCAGGGCCUACAUCCUGCCCCAGAAGAAGCCGACGUCCAAGCGAAAGGUGCAAUGAUUGCUGUUUGGAGUAUUAUUCACAUAUCUGUUAAGCGAAUUAAAUGUUUCAAUAAACCACAAAACUACAAAUCCUUUCAAGACUGAAUAUCUUCGGAUCCAUAUAAACACAAA